AUGGCCAGCAAAAGUGAAGCACGCACCACCACCACCAGUCCUCAAUCGGAGACGCAUUUCACGCUCAACUCAUCGGAGCAAACUGAAGCAUUCAAGGCGAGUAUUUUGGAGGACAGGAAACAUCUCGAGUCUUCUGAGCGACCGCGUCCUGCUAUUGCCAGCCUCUGGUCAAGGAACAAGAGAAAGGUCCAGCUGGAAGAGAUCGCCACUCAACCUUCUGUCUAUGACGACCCAGAGCUGGCAAAAUACUUUCAACCGCAUCCGAAAUAUGAGAAUUCCCAUCGCUUCGACCCGGGCAUGCGGUGGACAUGGGCCGAAGAACUUCCACUGGUCAAAAAGAUCGAUUGGAAAAUUACUGCCUGGUCGUGCAUUGCUUUCUUCGCCUUGGACCUGGAUAGGAGCAACCUCUCGCAAGCCAACACAGACAAUUUUCUGGAUGAUCUAGGCCUCAACACCAGCGAUUACAACAUGGGUAACACAGCCUUCUAUACUUCCUUCUUACUUGCAGAGCUACCCUCGCAACUGGUCAGUAAGAAGAUCGGGCCGGAUGUGUGGAUCCCAGCCCAGAUGAUGCUCUGGAGCGUUGUCGCCUCUUGCCAGUUUUGGCUGAAUGGUAGAACGUCCUUUCUUGCAACACGAGCCUUGCUCGGGCUACUGCAGGGUGGCUUCAUUCCGGAUUUGAUCCUGUACAUGUCCUAUUUUUUCAAAGGGACCGAGCUACCGUUUCGAUUGGCGCUCUUUUGGAUGGCAAAUCGACUGACAGAUGUCAUCGCUCCGCUUCUGGCAUAUGGACUGUUGCGCCUUCGUGGCGUGCACGGUUAUGAAGGUUGGAGAUGGCUUUUCCUCAUCGAAGGUCUGCUGACUCUGGCCAUUGGUAUCUGGUCGUGGUUCCAGAUGGCUGCUUCGCCCACGCAAACAAAGUCUUGGUACCGACCGAAAGGCUGGUUCAACGAACGGGAGGAAAAGAUCAUGGUGAACAGAAUCCUGCGUGACGAUCCAUCCAAAGGAGACAUGCACAAUCGCCAGGCCAUAACUCUCCCCUUAAUGUGGAAAUCGCUUUGUGAUUUCGACCUAUGGCCUCUGUACCUCAUCGGAUUGGUAUUUGGCCUCCCAGCUGGGGCACCGGACAGAUAUUUGACACUGACAUUACGGAACCUGGGCUUUGACACGUUCAAUUCGAACUUGCUUAGUAUUCCUUGUCAGGUUGCAACCACGAUCAAUAUGCUGAUCUUGACCUACAUUUCGGAAAUCAUCAACCAACGAGCUUACCUUGGAAUCUUUGUUCAAUGUUGGUUUCUGCCAUGUUUGGUUGCAAUGUAUACGCUGCCUUCUGGCACCAGCCGAUGGUCAUCAUAUGCAGCGGUCACGGUGCUGCUCAGCUAUCCAACACCGCAUCCAAUGCAAGUGGCCUGGAUCAGUCGCAACAGCAACGCUGUACGUGCGAGGACUGUGUCGGCUGCCCUGUACAACAUGGCUGUCCAACUACAGAGCAUUAUCAGUUCCAACAUUUACAGUGAAGAUGAUAAACCAUACUACCGCAGAGGAAAUCGAAUCCUACUCAGUAUGGCCUGUGUCAACAUAGUAAUCUAUCUCGGUGCGAAAGCAUACUACACUUGGCGCAACAAGCAGAAGGCCGCCAGAUGGGACGUGCUCUCCGAACAAGAGAAGAUUCAUUAUAAUGAGACCACCACAGACCAGGGAGCAAAGAGAAGAGAUUUCCGAUUUGUGUCAUAG